AUGGCGAUGAAGAUAUCGAAAGGAGUGAAAGUGAGGAUGAGGACCUCAUCCAUAGUGAAGCCAGAUGGCGAUGAAGAUGCCGAGUGGAGUGACAGUGAAGAAGAUGACUUCAUUGAUAAUGAAGGUGAGCUGGGCGGCGACGAAGAUGUCAAAUGGAGAGAUAAUGACGAUAUUGACCUCGUGGAUAGCGACGGUGAGCAAAAUAGCGAUGAAGAUGCCGAUUGGAUAGACAGUGAAGAUGAUGACUUCAUCGACAAUGAAGGUGAGCCGGAUGACGAUAAAGAUGUCGAGUGGAGAGAUAGUCACGAUGAUGGCCCCGUCGAUAGUGAUGGUGAGACUGAUGGUGAUGAAGAUAUCGAGUGGAGUGACAGUGAUGAUAAUUCUAUUGAUAGUGAAGGUGAGCCGGAUGGCGAUGAUGAUACCGAUGGGAGAGUCAGUGACGAUAAUGACCUCAUCAAUAGUGAAGGUAGGCCUCAUAAAAAUUACCAUAGAGAUUCACAUCAUAAUCAAGAUGAUGUAAACGGCUCUCCCUGUUCUAAAGGUGAGCCAGAUGGCGAUAAAGAUGUCGAGUGGAGGGACACUAAAGAUGAUGACCUUAUCGAUCGUAAAGGUGAGCCGGAUGGCGAUGAAGAUGUCGAAUGGAGAGACAGUGACGAUGAUGACCUCGUUGAUGAUGAUGGUGAGCGAGAUAGCGAUGAAGAUGCCGAUUGGAGAGACGGUGAAGAUGAUGACUUCAUGGAUAGUGAAGGCAAGCCGGCUGGCGAUGAAGAUGUCGAAUGGAGAGACAGUGACUAUGAUGACCUAGUCGAUAGUGAUGGUGAGGCACAUGGCGGUGAGGAUCUCGAGUGGAGUGACAAUGAUGACAUUUCUAUUGAUAGUAAAGGUGAGCCGGAUGGUGAGAAAGACACCGAUUGGAGAGACAGUGAGGAUGAUGACCUCAUCGAUAAUGAAGGUGAUGGCGAUGAAGAUGUCGAGUGGAGUGGCAGUGAAGAUGAUGACUUCGUUGAUACUGAAGGUGGACAGGAUGUCGAUGAAGAUGUCGAGUGGAGAGACAGUGACCAUGAUGACCUCGUUGAUAAUGAUGGUGAGCCAGAUGGCGAUGAAGAUGUCGAGUGGAGAGAUAGUGAAGAUGAUGACUUCAUCGAUAGUGAAGGUGAGCAGGAUGGUGACGAAGAUGUCGAAUGGAGAGACAGUGACGAUGAUGACCUCGUUGAUAAUGAUGGUGAGCCAGAUAGCGAUGAAGAUGCCGAUUGGAGAGACAGUGAUGAUGAUGACUUAAUCGAUAGUGAAGGUAAGCAGGAUAAUGAUGAAGAUGUCGAGUGGAGAGACAGUCACGAUGAUGGCCUUCUCCACAGUGAUGUUGAGCCGGAUGGUGAUGAAGAUAUUGAUGGGAGAGACAGUGAAGAUAAUAACCUCAUUGGUAGUAAAGGUGAGCCAGAUGGCGAUGAAGAUGUCGAGUGGAGAGAUGGUGAAGAUGAUGACUUCAUCGAUAGUGAAGGUAUGCCAAGUGGCGAUGAAGAUGUCGAAUGGAGAGACAGUGACGAUGAUGACCUCGUUGAUAAUGAUGGUGAGCCAGAUAGCGAUGAAGAUGCCGAUUGGAGAGACAGUGAUGAUGAUGACUUAAUCGAUAGUGAAGGUGAGCGACAUAGCGAUGAAGAUGCCAAGUGGAGGGAAAAUGAAGAUGAUGACUUCAGCGAUAGAACAGGUGAACUGGAUGGUGAUAAAGACACCGAAUGGAGUGACAGUGAGGAUGAUGACCUCAUCGAUAGUGAAGGUGAGCUAGAAGGUGAUGAAGAUAUCGAGUGGAGGGACAGUGAGGAUGAUGACCUCAUUGAUAGUGAAGGUGAGCCAAAUGGCUAUGAGGAUGUCGAGUGGAGUGACGGUGGUGAUGACUCUAUUGAUAGUGAGGGUGGUUCUGAUGAUAGAGAUUGGGACCAGAAUGAAGAUGACUACUCUUUCGGCACUGAGGACGACCCUUAUGAAAGUGAACAUCCCAAACAGAAUGAAAGAAAUGCUGAUGACUCCUCUUCUGAAGAUAUCGAAGGUGCUCUCGAUGCUAGAGACGACUUUCCAGAAACCGAAGCUUCAGAUCCAGAUACCGAAGAUAUUCGAAACGUCCCUAAAUUUGUGGAGCAUCACGCGCAAUUUGAGGAUACAGAGUGGAGUGAUGAUGAUGACAAGGAGGGUUCUGGAGGCUUUGGAGUUCAUAAUAAUAAUGAAGGCAUAGAAACUGCAUGGUGGAAUGACAACAAUGAAAACACUUUCGAUGAGUUUGAAAAUAAUUUGGAGGAAAUCUGAAACUUAAAGUGGAAUGAGGACUUUUCUUUUUUUUCAUGAUAAUGAUGUUAAUUUGAUAACUGUCAACUUGCUUUCGUGGAAUCUAUAUUUGCGGGAGGGGGGUCUUUGAUCAAGAUUUUGCAGUGAAGGAAAUAUGUGGCCAAUGAAUGAGUGGAAAUUUUGGUUUCUUUUUCUUAAAGUACAACUCCUUCUUCAGUUCUGGUAUUCAUAACAAUAAAACUCUUUGACAGGUUGACAA